ACUAUAAAAGUUUAAACAAUAAACUUCCCUUGAUACACGAAUUUGGAUUUCGAAGACUGUUCUUACAACUUACCCAUACAUUAACACACAAUGGUGGACUUGAAACAUUGGAUCCCUAUACUUUUUGUUUGUUUGAUUUGCUUAUUUUGUGCCACUGAAGCUCUGAAUCCUGACGGUACCUGUAGCAGCAACAGCGAUUGCCCGUUUUCCUACUACCACUGCUGUACCGGAACAAAAUGGUGCUGCCCGACAUUGACUAUAUGUACCGGAACAUCCACCUGUAUUGGAAUCGGAUAUAUCAUCGGGCCUAUCAUUGGUCUGGUCGUCCUAACCAUCUGUAUUGUUGUCGUCUGUAUCUGUCGAAAUAGGAAACAACGAACUCCUGGGGUCGUGUACAAUUCUCAGAUUACGACUCAACCUGGAAACGGUGUCACCAAUCCGAAUGUCUGGCCAUCACAGCCGGAGUACGGACUAUCUAAUCCGGCUUACGGACAAAUGCAACCUCCGCAAUACAGCGUACAACCUUUACAGACUGGAAAAGCGUGAGAAUACUGACGGAGAGAGAAUAACUGAUUGAAGUAGAAAUCCAAAUUUAGUUUGGGACAAUCGUAAACCAUAAAUAUCUGGUGCUUUUAUGUGCAAUACAGCUAACCAGCCCUUGUGUUUCUCUUUGAGAGGAAACAGUACACCAACCAGUUUAUCUAACGCAAGAAAAGGCACAUGAUGAGAACUUUUCUUUGAUUUAAUUUAGUGUCGGCAUUUUAGAUACUUUGUUUGAGGUUCAAAAUGAUAUAGUUGCUAAAUUGUUGACCAAAGAAACAACUAAUAGAGGUGUCGUUUUGACUAUCUUAAACCUGAGACGCCAGGAUGUUUAUGUAACUAUUCAAUAUUUGCAAACACAUCACCAUAUAUAUCAGCUAUUCCAUGAAUUUUUUUUUUUCUUCACCAGUUUUACAAUAGCACUGGCAUGGUGAAAUUAAUCAAAAGAGUUUGAUUUCUUUGUUUUUCAUCUGCACAAUCUAUUUGAAAACAGUGCAUCAUUAAAUUUUUAUAGCUUACAUUCAUCUGCGUAAUAAAUAUCAUGUCAGAGGUUAUGAACGUCCAACCUCAUUACCAGUUCUCGAUUUAUUUAAAUAACUUAUAAGUUGAAUUAAACGUGGUGUGUAUAAUAGAUGAAUUUUUCUUUAUAAAUGUUAAAUUAGGACAGAUGUGGUACAAUAUGGGGUCUUAAACUGCAUCAUGAUCACUGAAAACUAUGAUUGAACUAUUGAGUUUUUUUUUAAAGAAAUAUGUUAAUUUCCGAAAAGUAAUUUCAAAAGAAAUCCAAACAAUAUAAACAAUGGACGACAUAAGUCCUCAACAGCGUACCAAUCUGUAUUAUUACAUGUAUAAGAAUAUGAGUGUUGUAAUAAUUUGCUAUUUUCAUAAUAAUUGCAAAACAUAUUUUCUUUUAUGAAAUAAAUGUAAAGA